GCUGUGACCCGGAUGUGGAACUCCUAGGCAACGGCGGAAGUGGCCUGAGGAGGAGCAGGAGGCGGCGGACGGCGACGAGGAAGGAGGAGGAGGAGGAGGAGAGUUGCCCCCCGCCCGCCCGCCCGCCCGCCCGGCCUUCCUUCCGCCCGUCCCGCUGCAGCCAUGAGUGACCAACAGCUGGAUUGUGCCUUGGAUUUGAUGAGGCGUCUGCCUCCCCAACAGAUUGAGAAAAACCUCAGUGACCUGAUUGAUUUGGUCCCCAGCCUCUGCGAAGAUCUCCUGUCCUCCGUCGACCAGCCCUUGAAGAUCGCCCGCGACAAAGUGGUGGGGAAGGACUACUUACUCUGCGACUACAACAGAGAUGGAGACUCGUACAGAUCCCCAUGGAGCAACAAAUAUGACCCGCCCCUGGAAGACGGCGCCAUGCCCUCGGCCCGCCUGCGGAAGCUGGAGGUGGAAGCGAACAACGCCUUCGACCAGUACAGAGACUUGUAUUUUGAAGGGGGCGUCUCCUCCGUCUACCUCUGGGACUUGGAUCACGGAUUUGCCGGCGUGAUUCUCAUUAAGAAAGCUGGCGACGGAUCAAAGAAGAUCAAGGGCUGCUGGGACUCCAUCCACGUGGUGGAAGUGCAGGAGAAGUCCAGCGGCCGCACCGCCCAUUACAAGCUGACCUCCACGGUGAUGCUGUGGCUGCAGACGAACAAAACCGGCUCCGGCACCAUGAACCUCGGGGGCAGCCUCACCAGACAGAUGGAGAAAGACGAGACCGUGAGCGACUCUUCCCCGCACAUAGCCAACAUCGGGCGCUUGGUAGAGGACAUGGAGAACAAAAUCAGGAGUACGCUGAAUGAGAUCUAUUUUGGGAAAACGAAGGACAUCGUCAAUGGGCUGAGGACUGUGCAGACCCUUGCGGACAAAUCGAAGCAGGAAGCACUGAAGAACGACCUGGUGGAGGCUCUGAAGAGGAAGCAGCAAAGUUAGGAGGAGGAGGAGGAGAGGAAAAAUCAGGCCAACGAGACCUUGGUCGGCGACUCGGCGCUCACGCAAAACCACGCCAUGCGGUUCCUUAUAGAUUUCCUCUUCCUCUCUUUCUCUCUUUCUCCUUUUUGUUUGUUUACUUCCUCCCUUAGAAAACAUUGGGUUUCCCUCCCUCUUCCUCGCCAUCUGCCUGCCAUUUUUUGUCCUCCGUCAAUACGGUAUUCCUUCCAAAUCACGACCGACGAAUAAAGCUGUAUAAACUUUU